CCAAAGUUUUGAAAACAGUUCGGUUAGAUUUUUAUUUGUUUUUACAUCGUUUUUAAUGGUUUUUACUUUUUAUUUGUCUUUAUUUUGUUUUAUCUUUAUCUGUGGUUUUAUUUUACAACAUAUCCUUAACUGAAAUUGUAGUGACACUUGACAGUCAUCCUUUUUCUUGUUCAAAAGCUCAAAAUGGGUUUAUCGUUCAAGCACAAAAUGCGAUCAAUGCUCUACGUGUUAAUAGGAACCGCAGGAACCUAUUCGGGUAUUUGCAUAUACAAGGGAGAUGAAACAUAUUACAGGAAAUUUCUUAUGCCUUUUGUAAGGGUACUGAAUCCAGAAACCGCUCACAAUUUAGCCGUGUUUGCUAGUGAAUAUAGGUUAAUUCCUAAAAGUCAGUAUCAGGAUGAUAGUGCUUUGAACGUUAAAGUUUUUGGCAAAGAUUUCCCUAAUCCCGUCGGAAUUGCUGCUGGUUUUGACAAGGAUGGCAGGUCGAUUUUGGGACUUAAAGACAUAGGAUUUGGAUUUGUAGAAAUUGGAUCAGUUACACCUCUACCUCAAUCGGGCAAUGAGAAACCUAGAGUGUUUAGACUCUCACAGGACAUGGCAGUAAUAAAUAGAUACGGUUUUAAUAGUGAAGGUCAUGCUGAAGUCCUUAAAAGAUUGGAAAAUGUUAGGCAUAAUGCAGAAGUUCCAAUUGUUGGUGUGAAUUUAGGCAAAAAUAAACUAUCGGAGGAUCCUAUAAAAGACUAUGUUGAAGGAGUACAAACUUUUGGCACAGUUUCAGAUUAUUUGGUUGUUAAUAUUAGCAGUCCAAAUACUCCAAAUUUAAGAAGCCUCCAAAAUAAAGAAAAUCUAAAGCAACUCUUAAAAGCUGUAGUUGCAGCAAGAGAUAGUUUGAACGUUAAUCCUAAACCUCCAUUACUUUUGAAAUUAGCACCAGAUCUCAGCUAUGAGGAAAAAAAAGAUAUUGCUGAAGUUAUAAAAGAAAAGGAUUGCAAGGUAGAUGGUUUAAUAGUUUGUAAUACAACAGUGCAAAGGCCUUCAUUGAACAGCGACCAUAAAAAUGAAGUAGGAGGACUAAGUGGUGCACCUUUAAGAGACAUGUCGACCCAAAUGAUAAUGGAAAUGAGCCUACUCACUAAUGGGGCUGUGAUAAUUGGGGUGGGUGGUAUUUCGACUGGAAAAGAUGCCUAUGAAAAAAUUAAAGCUGGUGCUAGUCUGGUUCAAAUUUAUUCCACUUUGGCAUUUGAUGGCCCGCCAGUAGUCACUAGAAUAAAGAAAGAACUAGUAGACUUAUUAGAAAAAGAUGGUUACAAAAAUAUAAGUGAAGCUGUUGGGAAAUCUGUUAAACAAUAACUAUUUUUUUUUUAUUAAAAAUAUAUUCUUUAAAAAAAUUAUUUAAUCUUCUCUCAUGUACUGGGAUACAACAUAAUAUUCAACAUACAUUUGAUUCUCUUCUGAAGUAAUCACUAAUUGGAGGCCUAACAGACCUGAUUCUCCUGUGGAUACAGCCACUUUGUUUGCAUAAUGCAUAACUUUGAUUAUAUGCCUUAUAUUUGAAAAGGCGUAUGUAAAAUCUGUUUUUUCCUUGCAUUUAAAAAUAGUUACAGAAUCUGCAUUUUUACUUAAACUUACUUCCGAGAUUCCCUAUAAAAUAAGUAUUUUGAUUAAUGUUCUAUAUAACACAAAAUUUGGUUAACUUACAGACAGACUUGUACUCUUUAAAGUAAAAUAUGGAAAGUCUGGACAAAAAGUUAUUUGUAGAUUUUCUGCUGAAUUAUCAAGCCUUUGCAAAAGUUCUGCAAACAUAUUAGCACUAAUAACUAUUUUAUUCAAAUUACAUUCCUCGGCUAAACUUGCAGAUGCUUGAUUGUCUAUAUUCAGUGUUUUCAUUUCACAAUCCACAGUUAUAUUUUCUUCGCCAUGGCUAAUACUGUAAUUUUCUUUUUUUUAUUAACUGAAAAUUUUAAUGCUUGUUGAAACUUACGUUACACACAAGGGAGAUCCUACUGAUUUAUAAGUCAGUUUCAAAGUAGUACCAUCAUCAUCAAAUAUAUUUAAGAUAUUAGUUAAAGUGUUUAAAUUUAUUUUGAACUUUAUAUCGUCUACGUCGGCUAUGUGAUACAUUGAAAAAAUAUUCGCUGGUAUAUAGACUGAUGUUUCGAUACACCUCAUUUCGUCUAAUGUAACUUUAAGGCCUUCUUCUGCUGGACGAAAAAUUGC